AUGACAAUGGACACAUUAACUAGCAAUAGUGCAUGGAAUAUCGAUACAAAUAAAGGUAAUGGUUAUAUCGCAACACAAGUUAGUUCGAAUGAUAUAGGACAAUUAUAUGGUGAUGUUACAUGUAAUAAAGAUACAUGUCGUAUACGUAAUCUUGAUGAUUGCUUAACUGAGAAUAUCGUUGAAGCAGCAUGUGGUUCUAUAAAAAUGUUAUUUAAUCCAAUUAAUUUAUUGGUAACGCUCAUUGCUCUAUUCAUCAGAGGUGAACAAUGGAUGAGGAUCCUCACGAGGCCACGCGGAGAAUCGCGGGGAAGAAUUUUUGAAAACUUGACGAGGGAAGGAGCGGUGAGAGGCACGAACUCAUGGCGAAGCCCGCGGGGGACAUUUUUUGCUUCUUAG